GCGAUGUGAAAAAAAAAAAAAAACUACUUUACAUGAAAGACCAACUGGUAGUGCAGUCGAGGAUGUAGUCCGGUGACCUACAGGGGUCCUUUCAAGUAUUUCAGUGGCACGGUGAACCUAUUUUUUUUUUUUUUUUUUUGGGGCUGUCUUAAGAUGUUACCUGUUAUUUUUCACUGGACUAAACCAUUUGUUGCGGUUUCAUUUUUGACAAGGUGAGGCGGAAGCAACAUGGUUCGUGCGUAAAGAAUCAACCUGCUCCAUGUUUCCCGUUUUGCUUCAAACACCUGAAAACGGCCUAAGGCUGUUCAAGGGAGGUGAUAAAUCCACACAGUGAAUGCUGGACGUAACGAAAUGGACCCAAGCUGAUGCCCCAAAGUCCCAUUCUGCCCUCAGUUGGCCCUGCUGGUCACAGGUAGCGAUGGCAGCGUGUCAGGAGGUGCCGGCCAUACCUGGAGUUGUGGUUGGUGGUGUUUUACUGCUGGUACUAAGCAGUAAUCCGGUGUGGGGGAAUUAUACUGCUGUUGAAAGUGAAACCGGUUCUAAUACUACUGGUGGACCCAACAUUGCAGCUAUUGUAGCCCCUACGGUCAUCUUGGGUGUUCUGGCCAUAGUCUUGGCUGUUCUCGCCUGGCUCCUCCUCGUGGUGAAAAAGAAGAGACAGACUGAAGGGACGUAUAGACCCAGUGCUGAGGAGCAGUCCGGUGCAAGCAGUGUGACGGCACCAGAUGCACUAAAGUUACCAAAGGAGGAAAGACUCAUUUGAGAUUUUGUGCUGUAUGUUUUGGACAAACUCCUGUAACGACACAGGCUGCAAACGUUUGCAUGACAGCGUUCCUGUGUGACAAAGCUCUCUGCCUUGAGCUGAUCAAUGAAAGAAAAUCUCCCUGUGUUUCUCAACAAGCUCUGGGUGGUUCCUGCAUGACACUUUGAAGAAAAGCACCUGGAUGUUUGGAUCUAGUGGAUUUCAAGGACAAUUUCAACAUUUCAAGGAGGUUUUGAACAUUUCUUCUGCACAAAUGAAACAGUAUUUUAUCACCACUAAUAAUUUUAGUUUAGAGAUGUUUUUUUUGUUUUGCUUUAGUUGCCUUAAUAUGCCAUUUACCAUGUAGCUGUAGUUGAUUUGAUCCAGUCUAUUAUGAACUAAUGUUACCAGCAAAAUCAAUACAGAUCUUUUACCUCAAACUUUUACCUCUGAGAGCUCUGAUGAGUCCAUUGCAUUUAAAAUUGAGAUAGUGAGUCAUUUUAGCCCAAUAAUGAGUGUUAUUAAGACAGCUAAAAAUAAGGUUAUACUGACGAAUUAUACUGACCAAAAGCAAGCGAUUGUUUACAAUUAUUCAUUAAGUAAUCAAACCAAUUUAAAAUCACAUUAUUUCCAAUUGUCCAUAAUUUCAUCAGAUCAACAAUGCAGUGCAUAAUGCAUCAUAAUCAAGCAGAUAUGUUUUACAAUGUCACAUGCUUAUGCUGUUGUCAAAUAAAUAACAAAUUGUUUGUAAAAUAAUAGUUGAGUAAUUAAAGUUUACUAAGCAUUGA